AUGACAGAAGUUCUCAAUCCACGCCGCCAGCAACAACCCUCCUCCUCCUCAGACUCACCAUCACGAGAACGUCCCCGUCCUCCCGCUCUCAAAACAAGCCACUCCGCUCUCCGCUCCAUCAACCGCCCGCCCAACGUCCGACGAAUAUCCAACCGCGUGUCCAUCGCCGAGCCCAAGCCCGAACCCAAGCCAGAAGAAACCCAACUUAAAGCAGAAACAAUCACAUCCUCCGUCCCUCCAAAUCCAGCAACAGACAAUGCCGCGCAACCUCCACCUAGCAACCUCGCCGCAAACCCCAUUGCCCACACCGCCUCCACCCUCAAAAUCGCCCAAACCCUACACUCCUCCCUCUCCUCCCGACUGCAGCUGCACGUCACCACCACGCCCUGGGCAACCCGCAACAUCCUCACGCUCGACGGCGGCGGUAUAAAAGGGUACUCCUCUUUGAUCCUCCUGCGCACGUUAAUGCAAGAAAUUGCUGCUCUCGAGCAAUCUCUCAGUCCACCGGCUUUUUGCUCCGCUGACCCGACGGGAAACGAAAGUUACUACUUUACUGCUUCGGACGACGAAGAGGAUCGUCACUUUUAUAGUGGUGUCGGGACGGAAAUGGAGAUGCUGGACUGCGAGAAGAGGGCGGGGAAGUUACGAGACAUGCACAUGAGGGGAAAAGGGAAAGUGAAAGUGGGUGAGUUAAAGGUGGAUGUACCCCCGGAGACAAUGAGAAAGGGGGAGUACUUGCCUAGUCAUUAUUUUGAUUAUAUCGCGGGGACGUCAGUGGGGGGAUUGAUUGCGAUUAUGUUGGGGGUGAUGGGACGGACGGUGGAAGGGUGUUUGGAGGAGUUUAGGAAUGGAGAGGGAAGGAGUAGAAGGGAUGGGAGGGGGUUGCCGGUGUUGUUUUUGGAGAUGGAGGAGGAUGCUGCUGCAGCGGAGGAGGAGGAGAAGGUUGAUGUGGGCGAUGGAGGGAGUCAAAGUCAAAAGAGGGAGGGAAGCAGCAGCAGGGCGGAAGGAAGAAGAAGGAGGGUGAUUAGUUUCCCGGGUUUGAGCGGCACUUUUGAGAUUCCGCUGCCGGGGUUUCAUGGUGGUGCGGAUACCUCUAGGGAGAAGGAUAAGAGGAGGACGACGUGGCCGACCAAGAAGAGUAGAGCGUGGUUUGACACGUUUGCCAAGUUCAGUGUGACUAGUACGGACUUGACUGGAAGCGGGAACAAUACCGCUGCCUCGCGAGCAAUCGUUAGCGACAGUGAGGAUAUCUCGCCGACGACUAAACGGGCGAAUACGAACAACACCGUCGCCUCCAGUUGCUCGAGCACGACAACCAGCAGUCCGACCUCGUCGAUUUCUUUCAAGAAAACAUCCUUUCAAUGCCAGACCCUGGCCUGGUGCAGCGAGAUCGACUCGACCACUCCCACAGAACGACACCCUUAUGCGUUCUGCACCUACGAAGAAGUCCUCGUGGCCGACAUGGACGGUUCCGACGAAGAAGGUAAAGUCCCUUCGAUCCCUGAGGUCGCCAAGGCCAUCACCACCCCUUCGGACUCUUUGCAAUUCAAGCCAUUCAAGCUCCCCGCCAUUGGCCAAUUCGUCGACGGCAGCAAGGAAAUCCGCGACCCAACGCUACCAGUCCUCAAAGAGAUUUCUUCCCUGUUAGGCGUCGACCCUUCCACUCCUCCUUCUGUCCCAGACACCUCCAACCCGCCCAUCGAUCUACUUUUGUCUCUGGGAACAGACGAACACAACGCUUGGUUUUACGAAAAGCUCGUUCAUCCGUUUUCUUCCCGAUCUUCCCCGUCCGAGUAUUCCUCCUCCAUGUCCCCCUCCACCACCAGUUCCAACUCUCCCUCCGCUAGAGGUACCUCUUCCCCUAUCUCGUCCCCAUCUUCAUCCACCACCAACACCAACUCCCCCGCCUUGGAAGAACUCCGCCAAUCCAAGGGCCACCUCUACACGCACUACCACCGCUUCCAAGUCUCUCCACUCUCCCUCUCCCCUUUUUUUAGUCUACCCUUUUCCUCUCUACCCUUCCGUCGUCGUCAUCGGACCACCAAUAACCACCACCUCGACGAAAUCGAACAAGCCACGGAACGGUGGCUCUCCGCUAAUAACGGCGAACAACGACGACUGCUCAAGAAGUAUGCAGAGGUACUGGUGCGUAAACGACGGGCGAGGAGUGCGACGACGAGGUGGGAGACGUUUGCGUUGGGGGUGAGGUACUUUUGUUGGGUGGAGGGGUGUGAGAGGAAUCCUGAUACUUGUAAGAAGGGACAAGGGAAGGGGAAGGGGAGGGAGGGGGGGAGGAGAAGAGAUGGGGAUGGGAAGGAAGAUGGAAAUGAUAUAAAGGGAGAAAAGGGGGAGGAAAGGGACGAGGCAGAGGAAGGAGAAGGAGAAGGGAAAGGAGAAGGGGAUAGAGGAUUUGAUACGCGAGGAGACUUUUGGGAUCAUUUGAAUGGUCGACAUGGGUUGUUGUCGAAGAAAGGGGCGAGGGAGGUUGAGGAUGAGUUGGAUAAGGGGAGGAGGUUUGGGUUUGAGUGAUUUUGUGUGUUUGUGUUUUGUGAUUGUGAUACCCUUUUGUGCUUGUGGUCUGGAUAUGGGAUUUGGAUGGGAUUGGAAUUGGGAUUGG